CAUUCUUUCAUUUUUCAGGUCCAUACAUCUGAAACUGAACUUUCCAACCUAAUGUAUUGUACAUUAUGGUUCGUGUCAACUUGUUUAGAAAAUGGGUGUUAGGCAUUCUCAUUUUCAUUUUGGUCCUGACUGUUUGUCUGUGGAAAGAAACACGGAAAGGAAUUUACAUCUCCAUAAAAACAGAAAGCCAAACUGAUCAUCUGCAGCUGUGGAAAUGGAUUACAGUGAAAUCAGAAAUGGGCCAGAAUAAAACUGUCAAUGGCACAGGCAAAGUUACUUUGUCUAACAAAGAAUCCCAGGUUAAAUUUAAUAAUAUUGAACCAAAACCUGAGAAAAUCAAAGUCUGGAACAAGUAUAGUUCUUCCCAAUUUCUUCAACCUAGACUGCAAAUGGCAAGAAAGCAUUACUUAAAAAUGAACAAAUAUCACGUGAAGUACACUGGACCAAAGAAUACUGCUAAACUCAGUCCAGAACAAGUGUUGUGCCAACUUCAGAAAAAAAUAAACUUUAGGAUGAUAACUGCAUCUGAUGCCCCUUUUAAUACACCUGAAUGGGAGACAUACCUGCCUAAGACAAAUAUCAGCAUGGAACUAGGGAAGCUGGGCCAAUGUGCAGUCGUAUCCUCUGCAGGAUCUAUUAAGGACUCACAUUUGGGAGCAGAAAUAGACAGCCAUGAUGCAAUCCUGAGGUUUAAUGGGGCCCCUACCAAAGGGUUUCAGGUAGACGUUGGUGAGAAAACUACAAUACGUCUUGUUAAUUCUCAGUUUGUUACUGUUGAAGAAAAGACAUUUGUUUCAGAUGUACAAUUCAACUUUGGAAUCAUCAUUAUGUGGGAUCCAGCACCAUAUCAUGCCAGUAUUUAUGAGUGGAUUCAGAAACCAGACUUCCAAUUCUUUGAAAGCUACAAGCAUUAUCGGGAGAGACAUCCCAACCAGCCUUUUUAUAUCCUGAAUCCCUACAUACAAUGGCAACUCUGGGACAUCCUUCAGGAGAAUUCACUGGAGGAUAUUCAGCCAAAUCCACCCUCUUCUGGCAUGCUUGGCAUUGUUCUUAUGAUGCACUUCUGUGAUGAAGUGAAUGUUUAUGAGUUUCUCCCCUCUAAGAGGGAAACAGGUGUUUGCCACUAUUAUCAGGAUACCUUUGAUCAAGCAUGCACAUUGGGUGCCUACCACCCACUGCUCUUUGAAAAAAAUAUGGUGAAGCACCUCAGUCAAGGCACAGAUGAAGAUAUUUACAAUUAUGGAAAAGUGACUUUACCAGGCUUAAGGAAAGCACAAUGCUAGGUGUGUGAAUCCCAUAUUCUGGGCUUGGAAGCCUGUCUUGAAUCACAAGGCACUUUAAUGUUUAAAAGUAAGAGUGCAUUUCUUCCAUUCAAUUUGCCUUAAUUCAGGAUUGUAACAUGUGCCAUAGACAUAUUCAGCAUUCUGCAGAAUGCAUUUCUAAUGAGUGCCAAGAAUGUAAUUUACCCAUCAGUUAUUAAAGAAAUACAAUGAAAAAUCUGAUUAUUUACUGGCCCAGGUUCUUCCGCAACCUCCUCACUGUCCAAGUCUGGUGAGCCAAAACAGGGGCCUCAAUGACUCUCAGAGAAUUAAUGACCCACCUUCAAAGUGCUAAUCACCAGAUGACUGCAAAAAAUAUAAACCCUUCCAUUCCCCAGCAUUCAGUCAGAACUGAGAGUGCUUCUUGGAAAAGAAGUGAAAUGUCUUCAAGAAAAAAGAAAGUCCAGUUGCCUGCUGGGACAACCAUGACCUGGAUGACUGACACUCUCAAUAAACACUGGAAAUUAAAAACAAUAUAUCAUUGUUAUGGGAAUAAAUCCCAGCACAGAACUCAAGCCUUUACUAAGACAUUUUGCAAUCCAAAAUGAAGGACGAGAUUACUUUUUUUUCCAUAUUUUAUCCAAAAGUUAAUUCUCCAGCAUUUAUAAAGGUAGCAGAGUAGUGUAGCAGGCAUGGGAUAUGCCACUUUCCAAUAUCUUAUUGCUGCUAGUCCUCAGCAUUUACUGCCCGAAGUGAGUGCCCUACUCUGUUGGACCAAUUCUGGAGGAGCUGAACAAAUGCUAUUCCAAAUUGGAUGCUGCAGAUACUAUAAACAGUGCCAAAUUCUGUUAAAUGCCUGAUAUGCUGUGAUACUUUCAAUAUCAUUAAAAUAAACCCAGUAUUAAGAAUUGGAAAGUAAUUUUUACAAAUCUAGUUGGGUGCAUCUUCCCUAUGUGUCAUUAAAGUUGGAGUUAUGAAAAAUGUGCUUUAUUUUGUUUCCAGAAUAUGUUUUGCAGAAAAAGACUUUUUCUACAGAUUGUACCAUUUCUAUAUAGGCUGGAUAAUCUUGAAAAUACAUGUGUUUUUCAUAAAUGAUGUUGAAAAAGACCAAGUCAAUUAAUGCUGUAUGACCUUACACAGGAAUGUUGCUGUUUUUCACAUAUGAAUAUUCAUAUGCACACUCACUAGUU